UACUCGCGGUCGGGCGGCGCAUCGCUGGAUAAAUGACUUGAGAAACUCUCGUCGAAGUGAGCGGACGGAGAGGAAAAAGCAGCUUUUUUUAAUGGGAGAUGAAUGUGACCGGGAAACAGAAGGCUGAGCUGAUCGAGCGACCCGCCAGCCUCCCGCUGCCAACUUCGACCAAAUCUGGAAUUGCUUUGCUGUACAAUGAGGAGACCAACAAUACCUAUGAUGUCUGCCUGAAACUGACCAAAGAGGUAUUAACCAUACAGAAGCUGGAUGUGGUUUGCACAAGUGGACGUGAAUCCCAAUUAAACCACAGAACUGUUGUACUGCGAAGACAAGCGACCGGCGGUCUGGGUUUAAGCAUCAAAGGAGGUGCAGAGCACAACGUUCCCGUGGUCAUUUCAAAGAUUUUCAAAGAUCAAGUUGCCGAUCUGUCGGGGAAGCUGUUCGUCGGGGAUGCUGUGUUGCAGGUCAAUGGCAUAAAUGUAGAACACUGCACCCAUGAGGAAGUUGUUCACCUCCUGCGUACUGCAGGAGAUGAGGUCACCAUCACUGUUCGCUAUCUGCGAGAAGUGCCAUCAUUUCUAAAGCUGCCUCUCGGUUCUCCUGGGCCGUCCACGGAUCACAGCAGAGUAUCUUCUCCCCUCUUUGACAGCGGUUUACAUUUAAAUGGAAACGGAAACAACACGGCUCCAUCACCUCCUUCGCCCUCUGCUAAUGAACCAAAGUAUGAGAAGCGCUGGUUGGAUGCCGUCUCGCUGGCCUUGUUGAUGGCCAGAGUCUCCAGGUACAAAGCUGGCACAGAUAAAUUAAGGUCCAACUGUUUUGAAGUAUUCGCCUUGGAUGGAGCCAGCACCAAUAUUCUUCAAUUUUGCACUGCAGCAGAAAGUACCGACUGGCUCCAAGCAAUAUCCUCAAAUAUCAAUGAUUUGACACAAGAAAAUAUAAAGAUCAUCAAUAAAUACUGUGCUUCAGAUGAUCAGGUUGUUCUCAUGGGCUGGGCGUGUGAAAGCCCAGAGGGCAGCACUACUGGUCCAACUGCUGUGUUCAAGUUCCUGGCUCUGAGAGGACCUUAUUUUUAUAUCUUCACAAAUCCCCCGAUCAGUGCCGCUGACUGGGGACAAGCUGAAACAACGUAUAACCUCUAUGAGGUUCUUUUCAAGGUUCACAAGCUGUGGAUGGCAGAGGACUGCUGGCUCCAGGCGAGGCUCUACUUGGGCCUGGAGCAUUCACCUGAGCAGCAGGAAAACGAGUGUCUGAGCUUCAGCAUUCUAGUCGGCCACGGCCAGAGCCACACCUUCAGGGUCGAGCUGGCCACCGACCUGGCUAUCUGGGAGAAGUCCUUCCAAAGAGCUGUCUUCUUGGAAGUGCAGCGAAUACGAUCCACAAGCUACACGUGCAGCAGCCAGGGGAAUGUGCUGUGCCUCACCAUAGACUUUGGAUCGGGCUUCACCUGCUCAGAAGGCUCUUCAAAGAGCGUGCUGUGGCGAUAUAAAUUCUCUCAACUUAAAGGCUCCUCUGAUGAUGGGAAAACCAGGGUAAAACUCCUUUUCAAGAAUGCUGAGAGCAAGCAGAUAGAAAUGAAGGAACUGGAGUUUGCUAAUCUGACAGCCGUUCUUCACUGCAUACAUUCUUUCAUCGCUGCCAAAGUUGCCUCCAUGGACCCUCUCUUUAUUGGCAGUCAAAGCUUCCCCGGAAAUUACAUGAACAGUUAAGAACUCAUCGUCAUGUGCACCCGAGGCAGCAUUUUAUGCACAGAGCCAGCUGAUAUGUAUAUCUUGUUCUUGCUAUUUUUGUAUGAACUCCUGAAUAAGAAAUGUUUGUAAAAGAUAGUAGAGUAGAUAAUGUAUUGGGAAAUGUUUGGAGGAAGAUGUUGUUUAAUUUGUAUUAUUUAAUUGAAUUUUUGCGCAAAAAAGUUGUUCCUUUCAUUACACUAUGAACAUGGAUUCUGAUUGCAGGGGUCUAAUCCGGCACCAGUGACCAUACGGUGUGACAAUGCCAAACAAUUAACAGCAUGACACAGAUUUCCAGAUAAAUCAACUGUUACUGUGAUUAGCAGAAAAUCUGUGAAGAAUUUUUCCUCUUGUGAGAAAUUACUUUUUCUCUGACUACAUGAAUCUGAUGCUGGUUAACUGUGACAAAAAAGUUCCUAUCUGCCUCAGACUCUUUCCUUUCAAUUCAUUACAGAUCUGUAAUGAAACACUGAUGUUUCUUUGUUACCAGCUCCUCUGCUUCACUUACUUUUCUUUUGUCUGUGAAGAGUGAGAGAAAAUAACACAAACACGCAGUACAAUUAUCCUCCAAAUAACUGAUCACUCAGACGAAACACAUGAAUCUUCACAGAGUGCACUGUUGGACUCCUUAUUGUUUUAUGGAACUGUGAAAUGGUCAAUACAUGUUUAUGAGCAUCACAAAAUGUACAGUCCAACAAUAUUUCUCUUGUCUAGUCUAAAGAAGCACGAACAAUUAUUUAAUCUGGAUUUAUUUGUUAUGGAAGCCAACAGGAAGUCAUCUUGCUUAGCCAGCAGAAGUCCAUGGACAUGCAUGAUCUCGCACAAGCUGGUUAAAGCUAGGGUGGUAGUCCUGUAAAAGUUAGCAAGAGCAGACCACACUGUGAAAAAAAGCAACAGAUACAUCCCAACCCCUCCCAUCAGCCCUCUCGUCAAACCUACGCCCCAAAAAAACAUUAACGCACACUGGAUGACAACCACUAGAACGGGCAGGGUGCGUGCCAGCAGUUAGUGAGCCAGUAUGACAGCCAAUCGUUUCAUUCAGUCUCUCUUGCGAGGGCCGCAAUCUCCAGCUUUUUUUCUUUUGUUUUUAGACUUAAUUUAUUGAUGGCUAUUGGUCUUUUAAGCUAUUUAGUAUCAACAAAUAAAGUACAAAGUGUGUAAGAAACAACUUACCAACCCUACCCUAACACACAGUGUGUGCUGCCAGUACACCAUGAAAAACAAGAUCCCCAUCUGGUGAGUAAUGACAUUAGAUUGUUGGCCGAACUAGGUCACAGGAGGCAGCACUUCACAUGAUGUCUUUCCCUCACGUCACCAAAAACAAUGGACUCCUUUUGUGAGGCCCAUUUUAGUUUUUAGUUUUUAUAACCAGUCAAUCAGGCUUGACCUGUGUCAAAUGUUAACAAAUAAGCAAGGCCAAAAAAAAACUAAAUCUGUUUAUUGGGUCACAUUAAUCACACCAUUUACUGCCAAGGAAUAUAGUUUUGGUUUGUUGUGGUGUGUUGAUGAGACCGGUAUGGCAACCACAUGGUGGUUUAAUUAUCUUCAUUACCUGAUACUUUAUUGAUCGAGUGUUACAUUGCAAAUAACACCAACAGAACAAUGGUUGUCUUUUUUUUAAUUAGAGGUACCUGCCCUAUCCAGGAACACUGGGCAUGGCUGGCGCUGGGAACCGCCGCCCUCUUAUUUUCAAUUUGGACUUUUAUGCUAGUGACAAUGUCAGUCACAGAGGAUACAGGGUUACUUAGAGAAUCUGUGAUCAAGGCUUAUCAGUGAGCUGAAUCUGACAUGAUUAUACCUUUCGCGUGUCUUUGUUCAAUGAAUACGAA